AUGGAGGCGUUAGCUGCGUUUGGUCUGGCCGCUAAUAUUGCACAGUUCGUUGUUAUUGCUGGACAGACCAUUGAAAAAACAGUAUAUCUUUCAACUAAGCAGCAAAGUUUGCUGGCCGAGAAUGCAGACCUUGAAAAAAUAAUCCAGGAGUUCGUCGGCGCGGUUCCGAUGAUACAGCGAUUGGACUCAAAUAUUGUUGGAAGUGACCCUAGACUCAAGACACUAGCAGAGGAUGGCAAACGCAUAGCAGAUGAGAUCCAGGGAAGGUUCGACAGUAUUAAAGCACGAAGAGCUAAACGGAGGCGCACUGAGCGCCUAUUUGCGACCUUAAAGGAGUUAAGAAUGAAAGAUGAACUAGAUUCGUUAAGCAGUCGACUCGCAGCUUUCCGAAGCGAGAUUACACUACAUAUUAGCUUAAAACUCCUGGAUCAUCAAGAGCAAAUAAGGCAGAAUUUAAAUGGGUAUACUGAUAGCAAUCAUGCUUAUAAAAGUCGCAUUGAAGCCCAAUUAGGAGAACUCACUGAGAAGAUAGACAGUCUCACAUUUACCGAGUCUCUUGAUGAAGGGGACGAGAAAGUCUGGAGGGGUACCUCGAAGCAGCUCGGAGAGCUUGUAAUAGGGUUUAACUCUUGGUAUCCCCAGAUGCUAGACUUCCAGAAAACCCAGAGGAUCAUCAACAGUCUAGAGUUUAGUCAGAUUGAAGAGCGGCGAAACGCCAUUCUAGAUGCACACAAAAACACUUAUAAAUGGGUCUUUGAUGGCGACGUUGCGAAUCUAAAAUCUUGGCUUACGGCGGAAGACGCUCCCAUAUAUUGGAUAACUGGAAAUGCCGGCUCUGGAAAGUCAACACUAAUGAAAUACAUCCGCGAACACCCCCGACUAACUGCUCGACUCAGGACCUGGGCUGGAAGCCGGAAACUCUAUGUCGCGUGCCAUUUCUUCUGGGGCGCGGGCACUCCGAUGCAGCAGUCACAAGAAGGGCUGCUUCGUACACUACUUUUCCAGGUCUUGCUCGAAUGUCCGAAUCUAGUCUCUCGGGUAUUUCCUGAACAAUAUGGAAGACCACUACGUCAUUGGGAAGUCUCUAGAGUGCUUAGGUGGACAGCUAAGGAGCUCCUUGAUGCAUUGAUUUUGCUCCCCUCAGUUAUAAGUCCAGACUGUCUGUUCAUCUUCAUCGACGGCCUGGAUGAAUAUAGCGGGGAGCACGAUUCACUGCUGGAAAUAAUCAAGUCCCUUGGUAAAGUGCAGAAUAUCAAGCUGUGCGUUGCUAGCCGUCCUUGGCUUGACUUUAUCGAUGCUUUCGAAGGCAGUCCCUGGAAAUUAUAUCUACAGAAUCUAACAAUGCCUGAUAUCGAAACUUACGUUCACGACCAUCUAGGAUCGCAUUCUCGAUUCAAGCAACUGAGCAUCCGGGAUGAGGAUGCCGCUCGGGGACUUGUAGAUAAAAUCACUAAAAGAGCUCAGGGGGUGUUUCUAUGGGUCUACCUAGUCGUCAAAUCCAUGAUUAGAGGACUGAUCAAUGCAGACAGUAUGAAAGAUUUGCACCGCAGGUUGGAUGACUUACCUCAACAGCUGGAAGACUUUUUCGACCGAAUACUGGCUUCCAUUGACGACUUCUACAAAACCCGAACGGCCCGGGUAUUUCUGGUAUUAGCCCAUGCUCGGACUCCUAUGACUCUCAUUUCCUUCUAUUUUCUUGACCGUGAAGAAGGACUACCUUUCGAUCCGGAGUCAUUCCUUCUAGAAUGGCCAGCAGUGAAUGAGACAGAGCUCGAAGUGAUAACGACGAAGAAAAGACAAUUAAUUGCGCAAUGCAAGGAUCUAAUACAAAUAAUCGAGCGACCAAAGGAUCCUAUUAUGUUUAACUUCACCGCUAGCUUCCUGCAUCGUACAGUUAUCGACUUUAUCAGCCAACCGCGCAUCCAUGGAAAUCUUGUUGAGGCUGCCGGAGCAGGUUUCAGCCCAUAA